ACCUCCACCCACCCCCACUGCCCCACCCACAGGCCGCGAUCGAUCUCAUCCGCACCCGCCUCGCCCGCUCGUCUGCCCUCCUCAUGGCCGGGCCGCCGCCUAUAAAAAGCGCGAGGCGGAGGCGGGCGCACGCCAUUCUUCUCUCCGUCUUCUUCCUCCCCUCCCCUCUCCUCUCCUCUCCUCUCCGCAUUUCGUCCGCUCGUGGCGGUGUAGCGCAGUACUGCUGCCGUCGCGUCCUGCAUGGUGAUGGAGGGGAACACGGGCUCAUUGUACGGCCACCUCAACAGGAGCAGCACGCGGGCGUUCCUCGCCUACGUCGCCGCGGGGGCCGCCUGCGCAACCGUCCUCGCCUGCUUCGUCCUCUCCGCCGCGGACCCGCCCGCCGCCGCACAUAACGAUGGCGAGCUCCGCUUGUCCUCGCGCUCGACGCGCGUCUGGCCCGACCUCGCGUUCAACUGGCGGGUGGUGGUGGCCACUGUCGUCGGGUUCCUCGGCUCCGCGUUCGGCACCGUCGGCGGCGUCGGCGGCGGCGGGAUCUUCGUGCCCAUGCUCAACCUCGUAGUCGGCUUCGACACCAAGUCAGCCGCUGCACUCUCCAAAUGUAUGAUCAUGGGGGCGUCGGCGUCGUCGGUGUGGUACAACCUCCAGGUGUCGCACCCGAACAAGGAAGCGCCCGUCAUUGACUACAAACUCGCGCUGCUCUUCCAGCCCAUGCUCAUGCUCGGCAUCACCAUGGGCGUCGAGCUUAGCAUCAUCUUCCCCUACUGGCUCAUCACCGUCCUCAUCAUAAUCCUCUUCAUAGGCACUUCGUCGAGGUCGUUCUACAAGGGAAUUCUCAUGUGGAGAGAGGAGUCGAGGAUUCUGAUGGAGACACGCGAGCGAGAAGAGCAAUCCAAGGCUUCCUGUGCCACAAGUGAUGUGGUUAUUGACCCGAGUUAUGAGGAGCCCCUCCUGCCUCAACCUCAGCCAGAGGAGAAGUCUGCCCUGGAGACUUUUCUGUUCAAUUUGAGGUGGAAGAAUAUCCUACUGCUACUGUCUGUCUGGUCAUCUUUCUUGGUGCUGCAAGUUCUCAAGAAUAAUUCGAAAUCAUGCAGCACUUUCUACUGGGUGAUCAACGUUCUGCAGGUCCCGGUUGCAGUGAGUGUAUUCCUGUGGGAGGCCGUGAAGCUAUGCAGGGAGAGCCGUGCUCGACGUAUGAAUGGGAACUGGGAAUGUGUGUGCGAGGCCUCUGUUGAGUGGUCACCAGCACAGCUCAUCUUCUGCGCCUUCUGUGGUCUGCUCGGCGGGACCGUUGGUGGUCUUCUUGGAUCGGGAGGCGGGUUCAUCCUCGGCCCACUUCUUCUUGAACUUGGGUGCAUACCCCAGGUUGCAAGUGCAACAGCAACAUUUGUGAUGAUGUUCUCCUCGUCCCUCUCUGUGGCAGAGUUCUACUUUCUGCACAGAUUCCCUAUCCCUUAUGCUGCCUACCUGAUCUGUGUUUCCAUAUUGGCUGGAUUCUGGGGCCAGUGUUUGGUUAGGAAGCUCGUGCACGUGCUCAAGAGAGCAUCGCUUAUUGUCUUUAUCCUCUCCUCUGUCAUUUUUGCCAGUGCUCUUACAAUGGGCGUUGUUGGAACCAAGAAGAGUAUUUCAAUGAUCAACAACCACGAAUACAUGGGGUUCCUCGACUUAUGCGAGUAACUCGAGAAACGAUCAGAUUAUUGAUACCUCCGGGAGAAUCCAGGCCAAUAUCUAAUUUGCCAAAUCUAGAAUAAUAAAAGUCGCUAAGUGCGUGCUGGCGUUAGCUCCUCGCUAACCUGCACGCAUUUUGUCCGGCAAAAGGGUCGUCGUGAAUUGAUCUCGUGUCAUGCGCGUGUUAGCUCCUGGUUAACAUGCAAAAUGUAUGCAUUGGUCUUGUGAGAGGGCGUGCUAGGUUUUGUCAUGCAUGUGUUAGCUCCUGGCUAACCAGCAAGUACCAGGGAGAGUUGCAGCUAUGGCAUUCAUUCAUGCUCUAGCUCCAGGCUAAGCCGCCUGCAAACAUUUGUCGUGUGGUACGUUGUAAAUAUCAGCCGAUUGUUUGUCAGUAUGGCUGAGUACAUUUGUGAUUGCAAUAUGAACUGUUUGGAUCGUUGGGUGAUCA